GAAUCUUGUCUCUCUCCUCGGGUUUUGUCACGAGAAGGAUGAGAGGAUCCUUGUAUAUGAAUAUAUGACCCAUGGGGGAUUGGGUGGUCAUCUUUUUGGGAAUGCUGAUCCACUCCCUUGGAAGCGGAGACUAGAGAUAUGUAUUGGGACAGCGCGUGGGUUACACUACCUUCACACAGGUGCAAAGUAUGCAAUAAUUCACCGCGAUGUCAAGCCUCACAAUAUUCUUCUGAACGAAAAUUGGGAUGCUAAGCUUUCAGAUUUUGAAUUGUCCGUAAUUGGUCCCUCUAGCAUGUCAAAGCCUAAGCCCAACGCUUUGACAAAAGAGACAUCAGUCGCAGGUACCUAUGGCUAUGUCGCUCCAGAGUGUUUUCAUGGUGAACUCAGCGAAAAAGCUGACGUGUGCUCGCUAGGUAUUGUUCUGUUGGAAGUAUUGUGCGGUAGAAGGAUGGUUGAUUUUAUUUCCCGGAUCAUUACAUGCAUAAAAAACGGCUGCGUUCAUGAUAUGAUGGAUCCAUUUCUGAAAGGGAAGAUAGCACCGGUGUCUUUGAUAGAAUACGUGGAGAUCGCUCUCAAUUGUGUAUAUGCAGAUCCAAAUGAACGGCCUUCAAUGGGAGAAGUUGAGGUAACCUUAGAACUAGCAUUGGAGCUGCAGGAGAAAGCCGACUUGGUUAUCAAGGCUGACAAUCCAUAUGCUGUCUAUGCCUACGAAGAUGUAUCAUUUCGUUUUUCUGUUGAAAAAAUCGCCUGGCUAGUCAGCUAUUAUGGUAGAGAAUCGGAUGCAGGAUCGAUCUCGGAUGCAGAAUUGGUCUCCGAUGGAGAAGCGGUCUCUGUUGCCAAAUCAUAAAUUGAUAGAGAUGAGUUUGGGAAGGGAAGUCUUCCUGUAAAAUCAAUAUUAAUUUUUAUU